AUGAAGGGCGGCCGCGGGGUUUGCUGCACCUGCGCGCAGUAUGUGGCAGGCGUCUGUCUCGUCCUCUGCUCCCUGGGAUUCUCUCUCUGGGCCUCAGAGCAGCUGAGCGACGAGCGGCCUGCCUCGUUCCUGCAGAUGCACAGCAAAGCCCACAGGUCCCAUCGUGCUCACAAAGAAAGUGCUGGUCAUGUUCGCCCAGGCGAAUGCCCAGCUUUGCUUCGCCAGCGGUAUCCAGAUUGCCGGGUGGUCUCCAGUCGGGCAGCCUUCAAUGUGGGAGGCGCCCUGAGGCCGGGCCCGGAUGAGAAGAACACCGUGCUGGUGUACAGCGCCCUCGAUUUGUCCCCCAGGGACGCGGGCGCCUCCUUGGUGGGCUGGGCUCCAAAGAUGGACGAGGUCACUUCCACCUGUCCCGACCAGCCAAAGAUCAGCCUUGUGCACCACAUCAACAUCUACUCCUACUUCGGCGCGUCCUUGGACCCCGGCACGGCCUACCGCCAAGAAGAUUUGGCGGAGCGGUCCAUCAGCGAGGAGACCUUCCGCAUGUUGGCGUCACACGACAAGGCACGGGUCCAAACGCCAAUGGGACACGCGGAACGGGUCACAUGA